UACAAACGACUGGUUGCGUUGCUCGUUGCCGUCUGUCUGCUUGGCACUUGCCAUCUCUGCGGCAGCCUUUCGCCGGUAAAGUAAACUGGUUGGCAAAAAUAAGGCACAUCUCGCCGGUUAUCCUCGAGUGUUUCGGUUCCUAUUUCAACGAACGUAAGCCGCGCAGCUAUAUCUUUUGCUUCUCAUUCCCAUGGUGAAGUGCUCCGAUUCCAAGCCAUAAUAAUAGCAAUGCCGAAUUUGAGCUACGGUGGUGACACGGCGAAAGAUGUUCCCGCACGUGGUCAUCAGGAGAUGAAUAACUCCUUUCAAAAAAAUGAUGCGAAUCAUGUGGCCACAAAUGUAGUAUUUCAAGACCACCAUGUGAGCAGGGACAAGCGUGGUCAGAUCAUUGGCCAGAAAGGAGGUUUCAGAGGUUGCACCAUCUGGUUCACAGGGCUUUCAGGUGCUGGCAAAACAACAGUGUCUUUUGGCGUAGAAGAGUACCUUUGUGUACAUGGCAUUCCUGCUUAUGCGCUCGACGGAGACAACAUUAGGCAUGGCCUCAACAAGAACCUCGGCUUCUCGUCGCAAGACCGUGAAGAAAACAUCCGAAGAGUUGCAGAAGUUGCAAAGCUGUUUGCUGACAGUGGUGUUGUUUGCCUCACCAGCUUUAUCAGCCCCUUUGCCAAGGAUCGUGUGAUGGCACGGGAAAUUCACGAGCAGGCUGGGCUGAUGUUCAUUGAAUGUUUUGUAGACACUCCAUUAGAGGUGUGCGAACGUCGCGAUAUCAAAGGCCUAUACAAGAAGGCGAGAGCUGGACAGAUCAAAGGCUUCACUGGGAUUGACAUGCCCUAUGAAGCACCUCAAAAACCUGACCUCACUAUCAAGGCAGGAAAGGAUCCUAUCAAAGAAUGUGUGCAGCAGGUCAUAGCGCUACUCCGAGAAAAGGGUGUCGUGCCAGCCACUGUUGUUGACUGUGUGAAGGAAUUGUUUGUCCCAGAAGAGCGGCUUUCAUCCGUUCUGACCGAAGUAAAGAACCUGCCCACUUUGAACAUUGGCACAGUGGACUUACAGUGGCUUCAGAUUCUGUCAGAAGGGUGGGCCACACCACUAAAUGGGUUCAUGAGAGAAAAGGAGUUCCUGCAGAGCCAGCACUUCGGUUGCGUGUUUCAAGGUGGUGUUGCAAAUCAGCCAAUCCCAAUUGUCUUGGCGGUCGAAACUGAGGACAAAGAGCGCCUCGAAAAUGCGCCUGCCAUUGCUCUACGGCACAACAACAAAGUAUAUGGCGUCCUACGCCAACCAGAGUUCUACCGGCACCGAAAAGAAGAAAGAUGCUGCAGACAGUUUGGAACAAACAACCCCGGUCAUCCAUACGUAAAGAUGAUCCAUGAAAGUGGAGACUGGUUGGUGGGCGGUGACAUCGAAGUUCUCGAGAGAAUUUUCUGGAACGACGGACUCGACGAGUACCGGAAAACACCGCGGGAGCUUCGAAGGGCAUUCUCCAAGAUGGGAGCUGAUGCAGUGUUUGCAUUUCAACUUCGAAACCCAGUCCAUAAUGGACACGCCCUUCUCAUGCAAGACACUCGAAGGCGUCUCAAUGCAAAAGGAUAUCAAAAGCCAGUCCUACUGCUGCACCCCCUCGGUGGCUGGACGAAGGAUGAUGAUGUUCCCCUCCCAGUUCGGAUGAGGCAACAUAAGGCAGUUCUAGAAAGUGGAGUUCUCGAUCCUAAGUUGACCAUACUGGCCAUUUUUCCAUCGCCGAUGAUGUAUGCUGGUCCUACAGAGGUGCAGUGGCAUGCAAAGGCACGCAUGGUUUGUGGAAGCAACUUCUACAUUGUGGGAAGAGAUCCCGCUGGUAUCCCUCACCCUGACAAGAAGGAAGAUCUUUACGACCCAACUCAUGGAUCUCGGGAAGUUGAAAGCCAAGUGUUGUCCAUGGCACCAGGACUGACCCAACUUGAAAUCAUCCCCUUCAAAGUGGCUGCUUACGACAAGACAAAGAAGAAGAUGGCUAUGUUCGAACCAGACCGCAAGGAAGACUUUGAAUUUAUCUCGGGGACAAAGAUGCGUGCACUGGCUGCGAAAGGCGAAAACCCGCCUGCAGGUUUCAUGGAGCCUGCAGCAUGGAAGGUUCUCUCAGAUUACUAUCAAUCUCUAGGAAAGUGAAAACAAUAUUUUUAAGUUAUGGUUCAAACUUCUGUUAUGUUUUGUUUGUCAAAGCUUUUAUGCCAGCCUUACGUGGAGUUUCUAUUGAAAAUAUGUAUCCGAUAAAUCUACACGGAAAGAGUUUGCACAAGGAGAGACGUCUGAACGCUGCAACAAAGUCUCAGGUUCAUGGUGCUUGAUUCAGUCAAAUAUAUCGCGUUUUGCAGAAUACCAUAGUCACUCCUUUCACGUGUUGGGACCAAGACCUGUGGAAGUUUCAUGUACGUUGUAUUUCUGACUGAUUUUAAUACAACAAACCUGGCCUAGGUGAAUUAUAUGCAGCGUUUCAUGCACUAUACUUGUUAGGCCAGUAAUGAAGUAGCAUGCAGCAACAUUUUAGGUAUUUACACGGUUCACAGAUAGCAUUAUUUGCUAUGCUGUCAAAUGUUUGUAUAAAGUAUUUUGUACACAGUGAGAACAUGUGCAAUUUGUUUCAAACUGUGAGCUGAGAAGCUGUUUUGUUUAAAUGCUCUACAUUAUUUUUGUUAAUAAAACUAUAUAUUUAAAUCAUAA